GCUAUUAUGAUGAGAGGGGGGAGGGUCUCAAAUAUCCGCACAAAACGGUGGUUAGAGUGAACACACGCUGACUCAGUGACUGAAGGUCAAUUCUAAACAGAUACAUCACGUCACCAGGCCAUCCAUAUACACACAUUGGCAACUAGCCAUUGGCAGCACAGACCACAUGAAAAGGGCGGUUUCUUGGUACCGGAUCAGUCAUCCAGUGCUUCGGAAACCAGCAAUACUACUUCUCUGGUCCGUGUCUACUUGGCUGCUGAAUUGAACAUUUGAAAGUCAACCACAUCCCUCAGCAGAGGAAAGCAGAUUACUGAGAAAACAAAACCCUUCGAAUGUUUUGGUUUUGUAAUCUCCAUAUUCAAACAAUGACUUACCUUGCAAUAACUGGCUGGCUUUUUAUGAGCAUUGGACUCAGUAAUAUCAAUAAGUGGGUGUUUAGUGAGGAGCAUUUCAGCUACCCACUAUUCCUGACCACUCUACAUAUGCUGUCGUCCUGUAUCUUUGGCUCUGUUGCAAUCCGUUAUACCCCACUGGGGGCAGCAUUUGGGGAAGGCAAUGAUCGACUACGUAUGCCGCCCAAAUCAACUCUAAAGAUCUUCAUCCUGAGUGUUGUAUUUACCCUUGCCAUUGCUUUUGGAAAUAUCGCCCUUCAGCAUCUCUACAUCUCAUUCUUGAAGAUGGUGUUUGCUUUGACUCCUUUAGUGACUGUUGGAUUAUCGCGGUUGUGUUUCCAACGUCCAGUAGACUCAUACGUCCUUAUGUCUAUGGUUCCAUUGUGUUGUGGCAGCAUGUUUUGUAUAACAGGAGAAGUCAACUUUAGCGUCUUUGGAUUUGUUGCAGCAGUAGCGGCUACAAUAUUAAGAGCUCUCAAAAGUCUUUUGCAAGGAGUUUUAUUGAAGGAGCAAAGGAUAGAUUCAAUCCGUCUUCUUUAUCACAUGUCCAUUCCAAGCUUUAUUAUGCUUCUUAUAGCUACUGCCAUCUUAGAACCCUCUGCCAUCUUUGAACUGAACAUCUGGGCCAAAGCUCGUCUAUUUGGUCUCAUCCUACUAAGUUGCUUCUGUGCCGUUGGAUACAACAUCAUGAACUUCAUGGUAACAUUCUAUACCUCCCCAAUUGGUCUCCAGGUCUUAGGGAAUAUCAGUAUUGUUCUGGAUGUGAUUGUAUCGUUAGUUGUUUUUCAGAAUGAGUUAUCGUGGCUUAGUGUUGGGGGAAUUGUUGGUGUAAUGAUCGGGACCAUGAUGUAUCAGGAAGCGGGCACAGUCAAAUGGUUUGUGGAUAAUCGGGUUUCAAGAUCUCUUAAUACAUACUUCUAAAUUAAAACACUUGAUGUAGCUGCUAAGAAAACUGUAUUCCCAUUUUAUCAGUUUAAAAAUGUAAAUGUGGAACGAAAUAUUAAUUUAUGAAGUAUUAGCAUUUUGUUUACCAUUAUCAGUUUUUUAAGUUCUCUUUGAUAAUGUUUAGUUAUUGCACAACUUGAAAUAUUUGUAAAAGUUGUAACAAUGCCAUGGUAUUAGGAAUUCCAAAGUACAAUCUGUAAGUAAAUGAACGUUCCAGUCAGUUAGUAAUAUCUAAUAAUAGAGCCUAUAGUAGUGGAUUCUAGAUCAUACAAUUAAAAUGUGUAUGUAGUGGUUUAGGGUAAUUAGAGAAAUUGACCAACUUUUACAAUAUGUAUUCAAAAAUGCGCCCCGCUGAAUGUAAUAACUAAAGGUAUAUUCGAAAGAUCGAAAGAUUUACAAUUUUACAUUUUACUUUGUUUCAGUUAUGCAAAUUGGAUGGAGAACCUUUUAUAGAUCCAUCUUUCUUUUUACCUUGCUAACAAGAAAGAGGCUGUAGUUUAAGUUAGACUGAUGCUUAUACUUUGCUAUAAACCAAUUCAGCAUUAUUAUUUGUGUGCACAUAAUUAAAUUCAAGGCUGGAAAUAUUAAAUGAAAACAAAAAUCUUUUAAAAGAAUAAUUACUAUAAUUAACUAAGAAUAAUCUUCAUUUGAAGAAACCAGUUAUUAUUGGUAAUGUGAAAGCAUAUCGCAAAGUUGAAUCAUUGGAAACAGUUUUGACUUGAUAUUUUGGGUUGCAAUCUGCUUCAUAUGAUGUGUUUACCAUUGUUUUUUCCCCCGUGGAAGUUUUUUUGACUCAGCAAACUUUCCUUGAUCAACUUGAUGCCAUGAUUACUUGACCUUUAACCUGCAAUAGCUGAAUAGAUAAUAUGCUCAUUAAACAAUCCCUGAAUGCACCAUAGUGUAGGUCAACCCUGGGUCAGCUUUAUUGUUCAUAGGUUAUUGGCUAACGGUCUGGCUGAAAAUCUGUCAAAUAAAAGUAAGAGAAAGAAUGUGGAGUUUAUUCAAUUAAUAUUUCCUGAUUUUAUGCAGUGUGUCACAAUUCAACCACAAUUUGACAAUUCCUGAUUUUACGCUGCGUGCAAUAUUGAUGUGAAGUAACGCUGUGUAAAUGUUUUCCUAUGACAACAAGUUUAUUUUGAGAGUUGUUUUUGGAAAUAUAAACACUCUAGAAAGAGGUCACUUGGAUUUAUCCCCAAAGACCAAAGUAUUCUUUACAUUUGACAAACAGUACUUGAUUACAUGUAAUGA